ACCAAAGGUGUACCUCUUGUUACUGUAUCAAACCAUUACUCCUGCAUUGAUGAUCCUGCACUUUGGGACUGUGGUUUGUUAAGAUGGCGAGAUUUGUGGAGUGCUCACACAAUGCGCUGGUCUCCUGCUGCCCAUGAUAUUGCUUUCACUCGUCAAUUUUACAGUUGGUUCUUCAGCCAUGGAAAGUGUAUUCCAAUUAUUAGAGGACUUGGAGUGUAUCAGCAAGCAAUGGAUUUCAUGAUUGAGAGACUGAAGGAAGGCCAGUGGGUGCAUAUAUUUCCUGAGGGUAAGGUAAACAUGGGCAUGGAACACAUCCGCCUCAAAUGGGGUGUUGGAAGACUAGUAUAUGAUUCACCGGUUUGCCCUAUUGUUUUGCCAUUCUACCACGUUGGAAUGGACCAAAUUCCCAACUCGAGUUCCUUAUUUUCCCCCAGAGUGGGAAAGACAGUAACUGUUGGGGUUGGAGAGCCAAUGGAUUUCAAGGCAUUAGUAUCUGAAAUGAAGGAGAAGCAGGAGGACCCUAAAACAGCUCGUAAAGUCAUCACAGACAAGAUUCAAGAGGAGCUGGGUAAAUUAAGGGACAGAGCUGAAAAACUUCAUGCAAAUAUACCCAUGAGGAAAAUCAAUGAUAUAGAAACUUAA